AUGUCUCUUGUUGCUCCAAGAAGAGUCCAACUGGAUUGGGCUCAUUCCAUACCAUGGGAACAGGACCCAGGCUGCGAGCGAGAUCAGUCAUUCAAACGGAUAGCGCCGCCUGAAAAUAGAUCAGAAUCGUCUUCAUCAUCAGCAGACACUGAAUCUCAAGGUUCGGGUUCAGCGCCUGCGCCCAGAUCACGUAGAAAUGAACCACAGCAGAGGGAAGAACGGCGGGUGGAAACCGCUUGCCCUCUCCGAGUACAACCGAACCCUUUAUUAAGAUCCCGGACGCUCCCGAACCUCAAGGCAGCGUCCCGAUCUGCGUCCCGCUGCGACACAUCCCGCCGAGCUCAUCACAUCACGAUGGCGAGCGAGGAUCUGCUGCAGCCAGGGCAUGUGGUCAAGGAGAGGUGGAAGGUUGUAAAGAAAAUCGGCGGCGGCGGUUUUGGUGAGAUUUACGAGGGUUUGGAUCUGGUGACCCAGGAACAGGUCGCCCUCAAGGUGGAGUCAGCGCGCCAACCGAAACAGGUGCUGAAGAUGGAAGUCGCUGUUUUGAAGAAACUCCAGGGUAAGGAGCACGUGUGUCGUUUCAUCGGUUGUGGUCGUAACGCUCGCUUCAACUACGUGGUGAUGCAGCUCCAGGGUCGGAACUUGGCGGAGCUGAGGAGGUCCCAGCCGAGAGGAGCCUUCUCAUUAUCUACUACCCUCAGACUGGGUCUCCAGAUAUUGAAAGCGAUCGACUCCAUACACUCUGUGGGAUUUCUACACAGAGACAUCAAACCUAGUAACUUCAGCGUUGGACGACAUCCAUCGAACUGUAGGAGAGUCUAUAUGUUAGACUUUGGUCUAGCGAGGCAGUACACUACAAGCAAUGGACAGGUUAGACCUCCGCGUGCUGCUGCAGGCUUCAGAGGUACUGUUCGUUAUGCAUCAAUCAACGCUCAUAAAAAUAAGGAGAUGGGUCGCCACGAUGAUCUUUGGUCUUUGUUCUAUAUGUUGGUUGAGUUUGUGAAUGGACAGCUGCCUUGGAGGAAGAUUAAGGAUAAAGAACAGGUUGGUCUUAUGAAGGAGAAGUAUGAUCACCGUCUGCUGCUGAAGCAUCUGCCUUCCGAACUGCGGCAGUUUCUGGAACACGUGCAGCAGCUUGAAUAUGCUGACACACCGGACUACAGCAUGCUGGCCUCGCUGUUGGAGAGGUGCUGCAAAAGACGCGGCAUUAGGGACACUGACCCUUACGACUGGGAGAAAGAUUCCGGCCCCGCGCCUAGAGCUCGUGUCGCCCCGCCAGCUGAUCACGCGCCUUCGCCAGAUCAUCAGCCAGACAGGGCUCGUCGUCGAGGUGAAACAGACGCUACUACCGCCGUAGCUACAGACACACAGACGAACGUACAGAAGGAGAAGGUCGCUGAGAAACGAGCGCCCGCCUCGCCGAGACAUGCGCCCGCGCAUGUUAACGGAUAUUCAACUACCGAAAAACCGACCGCAGAAAAGGAGGUCGAGGCUAGAACUACGCCAGCGCCAUCUCCCGACAGACAUGCUAAGGAAUCCAACUCGGCCGUAGCGAGUACUCCGCUGUCUCGUCCUGAGAGACAGAGCGUGCCGCCCUGCAAGCCGAGAGCGCCCGCACCCGGUGGACCAACACUUCUCCGGCUGCGCGUGGUAACAGCACCGCCCACGUGCGUUCAGGAGCUAGCGCCCACGCCGCCCACGACCGGCGAGGCUAGCAGUCCCAGAAUCAUAGCUGACGUAGACAGUGUGCAUUCAGACACACACUUCAAGAGAGGAACUCGGCGCACCGCCCGAGCCCGAGCCGAUCAAAGUUACACACAGUUCGCUGUAAUGGACGACGAAAACGUGUCGGCGUUACAACAGGUAACAAAAGGCGGUGCUCUGACCUUAGUGUCUUUGUGGAAGUCUCAGUUUGAUGACUCCGAGGAAACUACUGACAACGAGUGGAAACAGGAGCAGCUACAGUCGCCGGAACAUAGGAACGCUCGCGCAUCAGCCGUGUCGAGCUGCUCCAACGUGAGGACUCAGCUGCCGCUCACACACACGCACACACACACACAGAUGGAGCCGAGGGUGCAGGUUAGGGUGGACGAGCCAGAGAAGCCAGAAAAGACUGAGAAACCGGAAAUAGCUGAGAAACCGGAAGUGGUGGAGAAACCAGUGACCAAAAACACCAAGUGCUGUCUGCACAACGUGGGGAUAGAUGCCUUCCCUAAGCUACAACCAGCUUUACCCAGAAGCUGGAGUCUACCAGCUAUAGGUUGUAAGGUCCGCAACCUUCGCCCGCCUCUGCUCCAGCAGGCGUCUUUCGAUGCGGGUGUGUCCGGCGCCUGCUACCGUCUGGACGUGAUGAGGGGCGUCGCGGCGAGGGGAGGGGGCGAGCCUGCACCACGAAGAGCUGCCAGUCUACCGAGUAUAUCCAGAUGUUCAUUAUCGCCUCCCCCCCAACCGCAAGCAGUUCCAGAAGCAACGGUCUCUAGUAGACUGGAAAUAAGAGUUAGACCGGACACAGCCAGCCCUAUGCAUUCUGGUACAUAUCUCCCUGUGAAAAUCCACUCUGUGGUCAGCGGAGGUGAGAUACGGAAUCACGACGAAACUUCCGUAUACUACGACGCUACGGAACACCAGAGAGAUAAAAGGUCAUCGACCCGCAGCGGCGAUAAGAGUCAAAGUCUUGUCGUAGAAAGGACUAGACUCGACGCUAUACAAGAUAGGAGUGCAUCUCUAAGGCGCGAAGCUAGCGCGGGAGGGGACGGGUCGCAGAGCUUGAGAGACAAGUCAUCGAGUGGUUCCCGUAUACCAGUAGCGAGUGUGCCGGCCGCUUGUCAGGGAGUAGCGCCGGGGGGCGGCGCUAGUUCACUACACAGACUGGCCAAGUGUGCGUCGUGGAGUGGGGAUGGACCUCUCAAUGAACUGACACCCGGUCUUCGUCGUCGUCGUCAAAACGCGGCAGAUAAAUAUGCCGCGGACCCCGCGCGGGACCUCAACUUGAGGUUCGCGCGACCGAGACACAGACAUCAACCACCACCUAAUAGCAUGGCCCAUCGUUGUCGUAGCGCGGCGGGGGGCGGGGCCUCCCCUCCAUCGGGAGCGUCGUCUUCCUCGGGCUCCCCGCCCCCUCCGCCGGGGGUCGCUCCGCCCCCACCGGCCGGGGUAACACCCCCCGCACACAACGCGGCCCGGGCGAGACGCUUCAGACCCCUGGCCGCAAGGGACCACAAGGACGACCUCCCGCCGCCCGUGUACAGCGCGAUCGGUAUUAUAAUUAUCAUGAAGUGGAAGAGACCAGAAAAUAUUCCAGUGGGGAGAGUAUGGAGUAGUUUUAAAGGGAGAGAGAGAAACGGCCAGCCUGCAGAAAUGUAUCAUAUAGUGGACAUGAGCGAGUCUGUAAGGAGACAGUGUCUCGACCUCAUGCAGGAGACCUUCCUCCGUGAUGAACCUCUCUCACUGGCAUUAAAUAUAAAGACAGACGAGGAGUCUGUUACGUCCAUACGAAACAACUGGGAGGAGAUGGUCUCACAAAACAUUUCCAUCGCUUGUUUCACUGAAGAAGAUGGGAAUAGCAAGGAACUGGUGGGAUUCAACAUACUCAUCGUGAAGACCAAGGAAGACGGGCACGAGGAGUUUGAAAAUGUGAAAGGUGAAAAAUGGGAGAAGCUUCUAAAGACCCUCAUCACGGCUGAGGAGCUCGUGGACAUCUUCAGUCAUUAUGAUGUUGAUACUUACCUGUCUUCAAGCGGACUGACUGUGUCACCAGCUCACAGAGGGCAGAACAUAGGAGCUAGGAUGAUACAAGUCAGAGAAGACAUGUGCAAAGCUUUCGGUAUUAAAGCCGCGUCAACCGUAUUUACGGCCACUUCAUCACAAGUUCUUGCUGCCAAAUGUGGAUACGAGGUGUUAGCCACGCUGCCCUACACUCACAUGCUGCAGUAUGGGAUUGACUUAACUAUGAGUGAGACGCCGGUCGCUAAAGUUAUGGGAAAGAAAUACGAUUGA